AUUUCCUCCUGGUUUCGAAAGGGCAGCUUCUGAAGAUCUGCCCUCGAGGUUCGCCCAAUUUACGCAUAUACCCUCCGCUUCCCCAUCGCCAUAAAAAUGGGGCUAUCUUUCACUAAGCUUUUCAGCCGGCUAUUUGCCAAGAAAGAGAUGCGGAUUCUUAUGGUGGGUCUUGAUGCUGCGGGUAAGACCACCAUUUUGUACAAGCUCAAGCUGGGAGAGAUUGUUACAACCAUUCCCACAAUUGGAUUUAAUGUGGAGACAGUUGAAUAUAAGAACAUCAGCUUUACCGUAUGGGAUGUUGGUGGUCAGGACAAGAUUCGGCCAUUGUGGAGACACUACUUCCAAAACACGCAAGGACUCAUUUUUGUGGUUGACAGCAAUGAUCGGGACCGUGUGGUUGAGGCGAGGGAUGAGCUGCACAGGAUGUUGAAUGAGGAUGAGUUGAGGGAUGCAGUGCUGCUUGUAUUUGCUAACAAGCAAGAUCUUCCAAAUGCAAUGAAUGCUGCCGAGAUCACUGAUAAGCUCGGUCUCCACUCUCUUCGUCAACGUCACUGGUAUAUCCAAAGCACGUGUGCCACUUCUGGGGAGGGGCUGUAUGAGGGGCUGGACUGGCUCUCCAACAACAUUGCAAACAAGGUAGCUUUUUCCAACAUGGCACCAAAGUUAUACUUUGAUGUAAUAAUCACUAUCUGUUUUAGGUUUAGGGUUGUAGGCCUGGUUUAGGGUUUAGUAUGAUCCUUCAACAUCUCUCUAUCCUGGAACAAUGAAUGAAUCAUGAGGGUUUAGUAUGAUCCUUCAACAUCCCCCUAUAAGGGUUUAGGGUUUAGUAUGAUCCUUCAACAUCUCUCUAUCCUGGAACAAUGAAUGAAUUAUAAGGGUUUAGUAUGAUCCUUCAACGUCUCCCUAUCCUGGAACAAUGAAUGAAUUAUCUUCUCGUUCAAGUGUAAAUAGAAAUGAAAUUUCUAUUGGAAAAUAACAUCAUUAAGCCCUUUGUGCUGAUUAUUAGGAAUUUAAACAGAAAAUAAGUAAUACAGUUGAUAAGAAAGAGCAUUUGUCAACCAUUUGGUAAUUUCUUGAGUGAAUUUGCUGAAGAAUCAAUGCCAAGUUUAAUUUUGUUUAUCUUCCUGUUGUGGCAGGCUUAGAAGAUGGGUUGAUCUUCAAAACGAACUUCUGUGCUUGCAAUGCGCAUGUCAAGAUGGAGAUGUCACUGCGUUUGGGGAUCCUUGCUUUCUUAUAAUUUUGAGAAACAAUAUGUUUGUCAUGACCCAUUUUUAUUGGUAUUAUAAAAUAGUAGUAUCGACUCUUGUUCUUGUAGAUUUUGGGGCUAUUCAUGUAAGUUGCUGCAUGUUUGACACAUUUGAUGGGUACUACUAGUUCAACAUAAUAUAUUGGUUGAAUGAUAAUGAGUUUCUUUGAUUCAA